UAUAUCUAUACACCCCACUCUCAUUUUUCCCCCAAUUUAUUCACACUCUCACUCAGAUCCAAAACCCUAACUCACCGUCAUAACUUAAAAACCUCCCAAAACACACGCACACAAACACCAUACGACGUCGUUUAAGUUCCGUUAGGGUUUCAUGAUUAGCUCCAACUAAUACUCCAAUCUAAUCAUGUGGAACGGAGACCAACAGAUGUGGAAUAACAACACUAACGGGAUGAUUGUUCCGCCGGGAACCGGCGGAGCACCGCCGUUAGCUCCGCCUGGGACCGGAGGAGCUGGAGGAUCGAUUCCGCCACCGCCGGCAACGCAGCCGUCGUACACUGUCUUGCCGUCGCCUGCAGAAGCGGAAGCUAGGUUAGAAGAAAAAGCGAGGAAGUGGCAGCAGUUGAAUUCCAAAAGAUAUGGUGAUAAAAGGAAGUUUGGAUUUGUUGAAACGCAGAAAGAAGAUAUGCCUCCUGAACAUGUUCGGAAAAUUAUUAGGGAUCAUGGUGAUAUGUCAUCGAAAAAGUAUCGACAUGACAAACGUGUAUACCUAGGGGCUCUCAAGUUUGUUCCUCAUGCAGUUUACAAGCUUCUGGAAAACAUGCCCAUGCCCUGGGAACAGGUCCGUGAUGUUAAAGUGCUAUAUCACAUCACCGGUGCAAUCACAUUUGUUAAUGAGAUUCCAUGGGUUGUUGAACCAAUAUAUCUUGCUCAGUGGGGGACCAUGUGGAUCAUGAUGCGGAGGGAGAAGAGGGAUCGAAGACAUUUCAAGAGAAUGCGUUUUCCUCCUUUUGAUGACGAGGAGCCUCCAUUGGAUUAUGCUGAUAAUCUUCUGGAUGUGGAUCCUUUGGAACCCAUUCAACUAGAGUUGGAUGAGGAGGAAGAUUCUGCUGUAUAUACCUGGUUCUAUGACCAUAAGCCUCUAGUGAAGACCAAACUUAUUAACGGACCAAGUUAUCGAAAGUGGCAUCUCUCACUUCCUAUCAUGGCGACACUUCAUCGAUUAGCAGGACAGUUGCUGUCUGAUCUUAUUGAUAGGAAUUACUUUUACCUGUUUGAUAUGGAGUCCUUUUUCACUGCCAAAGCUCUUAAUAUGUGCAUACCAGGUGGUCCAAAAUUUGAACCCUUGUACCGUGACAUGGAGAAGGGUGAUGAGGAUUGGAACGAGUUCAAUGAUAUCAAUAAACUUAUCAUCCGGUCACCCUUGAGGACUGAGUACAGGAUUGCUUUCCCUCAUCUGUAUAACAACAGGCCAAGAAAAGUAAGGUUAUGCAUAUAUCAUACGCCGAUGGUUAUGUAUAUAAAAACAGAGGAUCCUGAUUUGCCUGCAUUUUAUUAUGAUCCCUUGAUACAUCCCAUAACCUCUGCUAACAAAGAUCGGCGUGACAAGAAAUUGCAUGAAGAUGAUGAAGACGAUGAUGAUUUCUCUUUGCCAGAUGGUGUUGAGCCCUUGCUUACCAGUACUCCUUUAUAUACAGACACUACAGCUGCUGGUAUCUCUUUGCUAUUUGCACCCCGCCCCUUCAAUAUGAGAUCUGGUCGGAUGCGCCGUGCCGAAGACAUCCCUCUUGUAUCAGAGUGGUACAAGGAACAUUGUCCUCCUUCAUAUCCAGUGAAAGUGCGGGUUAGCUACCAGAAAUUAUUGAAGUGUUUUGUUUUGAAUGAGCUGCAUCAUAGACCACCUAAAGCUCAGAAGAAGAAGCACUUGUUCAGAUCACUCCAAGCUACUAAGUUUUUCCAGACCACUGAGCUUGAUUGGGCGGAAGCAGGUCUACAAGUUUGUAAGCAAGGUUACAACAUGCUCAAUUUGUUGAUUCACCGGAAGAAUCUUAAUUAUCUUCAUCUCGACUAUAAUUUUAAUCUGAAGCCUGUUAAGACGCUUACUACCAAGGAGCGUAAGAAGUCACGUUUUGGAAAUGCCUUCCAUCUUUGCCGUGAAAUCUUGCGUCUAACAAAGCUGGUUGUUGAUGCAAACAUUCAGUUCCGUUUGGGGAAUGUUGAUGCAUUCCAGUUGGCUGAUGGCCUUCAGUAUACUUUCUCUCAUGUUGGUCAGUUAACUGGUAUGUAUCGAUAUAAAUACCGUCUCAUGAGGCAGAUCCGUAUGUGCAAGGAUCUCAAGCAUUUGAUCUAUUAUCGGUUUAAUACUGGGCCUGUUGGGAAGGGACCUGGUUGUGGUUUCUGGGCUCCCAUGUGGAGAGUUUGGUUAUUUUUCCUUCGUGGUAUAGUACCCCUACUGGAAAGGUGGCUGGGAAAUUUACUCGCUCGCCAGUUUGAGGGAAGACAUUCUAAAGGGGUGGCUAAGACUGUUACUAAGCAACGUGUUGAAAGCCACUUUGAUCUCGAGCUUCGUGCAGCUGUGAUGCAUGAUGUUCUUGAUGCCAUGCCAGAGGGAAUAAAGCAAAAUAAGGCAAGGACCAUUUUGCAGCACUUGAGUGAAGCAUGGCGUUGUUGGAAGGCAAACAUUCCCUGGAAGGUUCCUGGUUUACCAGUUCCAAUUGAGAACAUGAUUCUUCGUUAUGUGAAGUCAAAAGCUGAUUGGUGGACAAAUGUUGCUCACUAUAAUCGUGAGCGUAUUAGAAGGGGCGCCACAGUUGAUAAGACUGUUUGUAGGAAGAACUUGGGUAGAUUGACUCGUCUUUGGCUGAAAGCAGAACAGGAGCGACAGCAUAACUACCUGAAAGAUGGUCCAUAUGUGACCCCAGAAGAAGCUGUGGCUAUAUACACUACGACAGUGCAUUGGUUGGAGUCUAGGAAGUUCUCACCCAUACCUUUUCCCCCUCUGUCUUACAAGCAUGACACAAAGCUUCUUAUUCUUGCUCUUGAGAGGCUUAAGGAAUCUUAUAGUGUUGCUGUGCGGUUAAACCAGCUCCAAAGAGAAGAGCUGGGCUUGAUUGAACAAGCUUAUGACAAUCCGCAUGAAGCAUUAUCAAGAAUCAAGCGUCAUUUGCUCACGCAGCGUGCUUUCAAAGAAGUUGGCAUCGAGUUUAUGGAUUUAUACAGUUAUCUUAUCCCAGUUUAUGAGAUUGAGCCCCUCGAGAAGAUCACAGAUGCAUACCUUGAUCAAUAUUUAUGGUUUGAAGGGGACAAACGCCAUCUUUUUCCAAAUUGGAUCAAGCCUGCAGAUUCAGAGCCACCACCACUUCUUGUUUAUAAAUGGUGUCAGGGCAUUAACAAUUUGCAGGGUAUAUGGGACACUGGUGAUGGACAGUGUGUGGUGAUGCUGCAGACGAAGUUUGAGAAGUUCUUUGAAAAGAUCGAUUUGACGAUGCUUAACAGGCUUCUGCGAUUGGUUCUUGAUCAUAAUAUUGCUGAUUAUGUCACUGCGAAGAACAAUGUUGUGUUGUCGUAUAAAGAUAUGAGUCACACGAACUCAUAUGGGUUAAUACGUGGUCUCCAGUUUGCUUCUUUUGUGGUGCAAUAUUAUGGACUUGUGUUGGAUCUGUUGCUUCUUGGUUUGACCCGUGCAAGUGAGAUUGCCGGUCCGCCACAAAUGCCCAAUGAGUUCAUUACUUUUUGGGACACGAAAGUUGAAACACGCCAUCCAAUACGUCUGUACUCUCGGUACAUUGAUAAAGUCCACAUUUUAUUCCGUUUCACACAUGAAGAGGCUCGAGAUCUUAUCCAGCGGUAUCUCACUGAGCAUCCUGAUCCUAACAAUGAAAAUAUGGUUGGGUACAAUAAUAAGAAGUGCUGGCCUAGAGAUGCAAGAAUGAGGCUCAUGAAACAUGAUGUGAAUCUUGGAAGAAGUGUUUUCUGGGACAUGAAGAAUCGUCUUCCUCGGAGCAUUACAACCCUGGAGUGGGAGAACAGUUUUGUUUCUGUUUAUAGCAAAGAUAAUCCUAACCUGCUAUUUAGCAUGUGUGGCUUUGAGGUUCGUAUAUUGCCAAAAAUAAGAAUGACUCAGGAGGCGUUCAGCAACACCAAAGAUGGGGUUUGGAAUUUGCAGAAUGAACAGACGAAAGAGCGUACAGCGGUUGCUUUCUUACGAGUUGAUGAUGAACACAUGAAAGUGUUUGAAAAUCGUGUGAGGCAGAUUCUUAUGAGUUCAGGGUCUACAACAUUUACAAAGAUUGUUAACAAGUGGAAUACAGCUCUAAUAGGUCUAAUGACUUACUUCCGUGAAGCGACUGUGCAUACACAGGAGCUACUUGAUCUGUUAGUCAAAUGUGAAAACAAAAUCCAGACUCGUAUCAAGAUCGGAUUAAAUUCUAAAAUGCCUAGCAGGUUUCCUCCUGUGAUUUUCUACACACCCAAGGAGAUUGGAGGGCUUGGUAUGUUAUCUAUGGGUCACAUAUUGAUUCCACAGAGUGAUCUUCGAUACAGUCAGCAGACGGAUGUUGGGGUAACACACUUUAGAAGUGGUAUGAGUCAUGAAGAAGACCAAUUGAUUCCAAAUCUCUAUCGUUAUAUACAGCCGUGGGAGAGCGAAUUCAUUGACUCUCAACGUGUUUGGGCCGAAUAUGCUCUGAAGAGGCAGGAAGCUCAGUCACAAAACAGGCGUCUGACGCUUGAGGACUUGGAGGAUUCAUGGGACCGUGGUAUACCAAGAAUCAAUACAUUGUUCCAGAAGGAUCGACACACACUAGCAUAUGACAAAGGAUGGAGAGUGAGAACUGAUUUUAAGCAAUAUCAGGUUUUGAAACAGAACCCAUUUUGGUGGACCCACCAGAGGCAUGAUGGGAAACUGUGGAACUUGAAUAAUUAUCGAACUGAUGUUAUCCAAGCACUUGGUGGUGUUGAGGGAAUACUGGAGCAUACAUUAUUCAAGGGAACCUAUUUCCCAACUUGGGAGGGUUUGUUUUGGGAGAAAGCUUCAGGUUUCGAGGAGUCAAUGAAGUACAAAAAGUUGACUAAUGCUCAGAGAUCAGGGCUGAACCAAAUUCCUAACCGUAGGUUCACAUUGUGGUGGUCACCUACCAUUAACCGAGCCAAUGUUUACGUUGGUUUCCAAGUGCAACUGGAUUUGACUGGAAUAUUCAUGCAUGGGAAGAUUCCUACUUUGAAGAUCUCUCUUAUUCAGAUCUUUCGUGCUCACUUGUGGCAAAAGGUCCAUGAGAGUGUGGUGAUGGAUCUUUGUCAGGUGCUUGAUCAGGAGUUGGAUGCUUUGGAAAUUGAGACUGUGCAGAAGGAAACAAUCCAUCCGAGGAAAAGUUACAAAAUGAACAGUUCCUGCGCUGACAUUCUACUAUUUGCUGCACAUAGAUGGCCCAUGUCUAAACCUAGUCUGGUGGCAGAGUCAAAAGAUGUAUUUGAUCAGAAAGCGAGCAAUAAGUACUGGAUAGAUGUGCAGCUUCGCUGGGGUGAUUAUGAUUCUCAUGAUAUUGAACGUUAUACUAGGGCUAAGUUCAUGGACUACACCACCGAUAACAUGUCCAUCUAUCCAUCACCAACAGGUGUGAUGAUUGGACUAGAUCUUGCGUACAACUUGCAUUCUGCUUUUGGUAACUGGUUUCCUGGGUCAAAGCCACUACUUGCACAGGCAAUGAAUAAGAUUAUGAAGUCAAACCCGGCUUUAUAUGUUUUGAGGGAGCGCAUAAGGAAAGGGUUGCAGCUGUAUUCUUCAGAGCCAACUGAACCGUACCUUUCCUCUCAGAACUACGGAGAAAUCUUUAGCAAUCAAAUAAUCUGGUUUGUUGAUGAUACAAAUGUGUACCGUGUGACCAUCCACAAGACGUUUGAAGGAAAUCUUACGACAAAACCCAUUAAUGGUGCUAUCUUCAUAUUCAAUCCUCGCACAGGGCAGCUAUUUCUGAAGGUUAUUCAUACAAGUGUAUGGGCUGGUCAGAAACGUCUUGGUCAACUGGCUAAGUGGAAAACCGCAGAAGAAGUGGCUGCUCUUGUUCGUUCUUUGCCUGUUGAAGAACAGCCUAAGCAGAUCAUUGUCACUCGUAAAGGCAUGUUGGAUCCCCUUGAAGUCCAUUUACUCGAUUUUCCGAAUAUUGUCAUCAAGGGAAGUGAGUUGCAGCUUCCGUUCCAAGCAUGUUUGAAAAUUGAGAAAUUUGGUGAUCUGAUUCUCAAGGCAUCAGAACCCCAAAUGGUUCUGUUUAAUAUAUAUGAUGAUUGGUUGAAGAGCAUAUCAUCUUACACAGCUUUCUCCAGGCUAAUUUUAAUUUUGCGAGCUUUACAUGUAAACAAUGAGAAGGCAAAGAUGUUGCUCAAGCCUGAUAAGACGAUUGUUACGGAGCCCCAUCACAUCUGGCCAUCCCUUACGGAUGAUCAGUGGGUGAAGGUUGAAGUUGCUUUAAGAGAUCUCAUAUUGUCGGAUUAUGCAAAGAAGAACAAUGUUAAUACCUCCGCGCUGACACAAUCCGAGAUACGUGAUAUUAUUCUUGGUGCUGAAAUUACACCUCCUUCUCAGCAGCGACAACAAAUUGCUGAAAUAGAGAAACAGGCGAAAGAAGCUAGUCAGUUGACUGCAGUCACAACCAGGACAACAAAUGUUCAUGGUGAUGAGCUCAUUGUUACCACCACGAGUCCUUAUGAACAAUCUGCAUUUGCUUCCAAGACGGAUUGGCGUGUUAGGGCAAUAUCAGCUACAAACCUGUAUCUCCGUGUAAAUCACAUCUACGUAAACUCGGAGGACAUAAAGGAAACGGGGUAUACAUACAUCAUGCCGAAGAAUGUUUUGAAGAAGUUCAUAUGCAUUGCAGACUUAAGAACUCAGAUUUCUGGGUACUUGUAUGGCGUAAGUCCCCCUGAUAAUCCUCAAGUUAAAGAAAUUCGGUGCAUUGCUAUGCCACCUCAGUGGGGUACUCAUCAACAAGUCCAUCUUCCAUCUGCUCUCCCUGAACAUGACUUCCUUAACGAUCUGGAACCGCUGGGAUGGAUGCACACACAACCAAAUGAGCUUCCUCAGUUGUCACCGCAGGACCUAACGUUUCAUGCUCGGAUUUUGGAAAACAAUAAGCAGUGGGAUGGAGAGAGGUCAAUAAUAUUGACCUGCAGUUUCACUCCGGGUUCCUGCUCGCUGACUGCAUAUAAGCUUACUCCAACAGGUUAUGAAUGGGGUCGUGCAAACAAGGAUACAGGAAGCAAUCCUCAUGGUUAUUUACCAACCCAUUAUGAAAAAGUUCAAAUGCUUCUAAGUGACCGUUUCCUUGGAUUUUAUAUGGUCCCUGAUAACGGUCCUUGGAAUUACAAUUUCAUGGGAGUGAAGCAUACAGUUAGCAUGAGAUACGGGAUAAAGCUAGGGACUCCACGUGAGUAUUAUCAUGAAGAUCACAGGCCCACACAUUUCUUGGAGUUCAGUAACUUGGAAGAGGGUGACGUUGCCGAGGGAGACCGUGAGGACACAUUCACUUGAACAAUAUGCUGUUUAAAACAUGUUGUAAGCUGCGACUAUUUUCAUCAGUCAUACAGCAGCACCGUAGUGUAAAUAUCUGUUUUGUUUCAUCUUAAUACCCUGUACGAUUCACACCCAUUACAAACGGGGAUUGUAAGAUUUUGUAGGUAACGGGAAUCUGUGUUUAUCUGGUAAUAUGUCAUAGCACGUUGCAGUCCUUGAACAAACGUGAAAUACUU